AUGGCCGCCGCGCUCCAUGGCGAGCUCCUCCUCGACAUCUUCUCGCGGCUCCCGGACCCCAUCGAUCUCCUCCGCUGCGCCGCCACCUGCGGGCCCUGGUUCCGGGUCAUCCUCGCCGCCAUCGCCGCCGGCCACCUUAACCUCCCCCAGCUCCACCGCUCCUCCUUCGUCCUCGGCGCCUUCUACCAGAUCGCCGCCGUCGUAUCCGCCGCCAACGCGCCCGGCAAUAAACCACCAUGCCCACCGCGCCCCGCCAUGCCCCUGGCCUCGCGGCGCGGGCUUAUCCUCUCCCGAGUCGUCAUGCCCACGCCGCUAGACCGCCGGAAGCUCCACCUCGCCGUCUCCCACCCUCUCCUCGCCGGCCGCACGCGGCUCCUCCCGCUGCCUCCGUUGGACCUCGACCUCACCGGCUACGCGCUGCUGCCCGAUGUCGAUGAUCCGGGGGCGUUCAGAGUGCUCAUCACCGCCAUCGUAGUCUCCGACUCCGGCGACCACAACCUCAUGCACGCCGCCUAUUGCUACUACUCCGGCACGGGCCUCUGGAGCGCGCCCACCGAGUGCCCAUCCGUCGAACACCUGGCCAUGUCCGGGCCGCGCGCCGGCACCGUGGACGCGCACGGCACGGCGCACUGGCUCUACCGCGACAGCAACUCGUCCUUGUACACCCUCGCCGUUGCCGGCGACGCGACACAAGCAGCCCUAACGAAGCUCCCCAUCAUCCUCCACGCCGUCCAACGCAACCGGUUAAUCCAGCUCCAUCUGCAGCCAUUAUUCCCCUGCCUCACAGGAGCCGGCGAGCUCGCGCUGGUCCACAACAGGCGGCCGGACGCCGCUGACGGCAAGCUGGAUCUCUGGAUUAAUAAGGGCGCCGGCGAUCAUGGCGGGAGCACCUGGGUGCGGCGGCCGGAGGAGCUGGCAAAGUACAAAGCGGCUCCAUUGGAGUUGCUGAAGGUGGUCGGGUUCGCGGAGAGCGCGGGAAAGCUGCUGGUGUGCAGCGUGGGGAUGCUGUCGUGGCUCGAUGUCGAGAGCGGGAAGACGGAGAUGGUCCCCAAGAUCGAUCAAAUGGCCGCCGCCGCCACCGCUGCCGCGCUCCAUGACGAGCUCCUCCUGGAUAUCUUCUCGCGGCUCCCGGACCCCAUCGACGUCCUCCGCUGCGCCGCCACCUGCGCACCCUGUUUCCGCGUCGUCCUAGCCGCCACCGCCGCCGGCAACCUCAACCUCCCUCAGCCCCACCGCUCCUCCUUCAUCGCCGGCGUCUUCUACCCAGCCGAACCCCCUGGCCUCGCGCCGCCCUCUUUCUCCUGCUUCCUCCCCAACUCCGAUGGGCUCCUCCUCUUCAACGGCAACGGCAAGCCCCUGGCCUCGCGGCGCGGGCUGCUCCUGUCCCGCCUGACGCCGACGCCGCUCGACCAGCGGAAGCUCCACCUCGCCGUCUCCCACCCCCUCCUCUCCGGGCGCGGCCGCGCGCGCCUCCUCCCGUCGCCUCCCUUCGACCUCGACCCGGCGCUCCACCGCGACCUCACCGGCUACGCGCUGCUGCUGCCCGUGACCGGCGCCGGCUUCGGCUUCUUCAGGGUGCUCAUCACCGCCGUCGUCUUCGGCUCCGGCGACCACCACCGACUCGUGCACCGCGCCUACUCCUACUCCUCCGCCACGGGCCAAUGGAACGCGCCCGUCGACUGCCCGUCCGUCGAACACCUCGCCAUGUCCGGACCGCGCGCCGGCGCCGUGGACGACGCGCGCGGCAAGGUGCACUGGCUCUACCGCAACGCCUCGUCCUUCUACGUCCUCUCCGUCACCGGCGACGCGACGCGCGCGGCGCUAACCAAGAUCCCCAUGAUCCAGGUCGGCAGCCACUUCCAGCUCUACCAGCAGACAUUGUUCCCAUGCCUCACCGGACGCGGCGAACUCGCGUUGCUCCACAGCUACAGGCGGCGCGAACGCGGCGCGGUAGAUCUCUGGGUGAAGAAGAAGGCCGCCGAUGAUCAUGGCGGAAGCAGCAGCUGGGUGCGGUCGGAGAUGCCGAAUUACCGAGCGGCGGCGCCGUUGGAGCCGUUGAAGGUGUUGGGGUUCGCGGAGAGCGCGGGCAAGCUGCUGGUGUGCGGCGUGGAGACAAGGACCUUGUGGUGGCUUGAUGUCGAGAGCGGGGAGACGGAGGAGGAGCCGGUGAGCCAUGAGUGCUACUAUCCGCCAGACGCCUGUGGGAAGAGCUCGGGGAGCUGCCAAGGCUAUGAUAGCUGCAGCGAGUGCAGGUAUAAUUCCCGUGUGAUUUACGAGCUGCAUUGGCCCUCCUUCCUUCGCCACAUCUCAGCUUGGAGCUAGAGCCUGUAUUAUCGAGAUACAGUGAGACGAUCUUCUAGGCGUGUAAAUCAACUGCUAUUCCCUAGUAGUCUGAAGUCUGAACCUUGUGUUUCUGCCGUCAGUUAAAU